CUUAUCCUCUUACAGCGGCUCUCACCUCAAAUCGCAGCUCAUCCUGCAGAGCCGCUGCAGACAGAGUGACAGCAGAGUGGAGAGGCAGCAGAAACAUGGCGACUCCCGGGCAGAAAGUGGUGCUGAUCACCGGCUGCUCCUCCGGCAUCGGCCUCAGGAUGGCCGUGAUGCUGGCCAAGGAUGAACAGAAGCGCUAUCACGUCAUAGCAACGAUGCGUGAUCUGAAACGUAAAGAUAAGCUGGUGGAAGCUGCCGGGGACGCGUACGGGAAAACUCUUUCUCUAGCCGUCCUGGACGUCUGCACCGAUGAGUCCGUCAAACAGUGUAUUAACGGCAUCAAAGACAGACACGUGGAUGUCCUCAUCAAUAAUGCCGGUAUCGGCCUCGUGGGUCCGAUAGAGAGCAUCCCCAUCGAUGAGAUGAAGAAAGUGUUUGAGACCAACUUCUUUGGGGUGAUCCGCAUGAUCAAGGAGGUGAUGCCUGACAUGAAGAGAAGGAAAGGAGGACACAUCAUCGUGGUCAGCAGUGUGAUGGGGCUGCAAGGUGUGGUGUUCAAUGACGUGUAUGCAGCUUCCAAGUUUGCGAUGGAGGGCUUCUGUGAAUGUUUGGCUGUGCAGCUUCUGAAGUUUAAAGUCACAAUGUCAAUGAUUGAGCCGGGCCCGGUGCACACAGAAUUUGAGGCAAAAAUGAUUCAGGAUGUGCAGCAGAAGGAGUUUCCCGGAGCAGAUGCUGACACGGUGAAUUACUUCAAGAACGUUUAUCUUCCUUCAUCUGUGGACAUCUUCGAGACACUGGGACAAACGCCUGACGACAUCGCCAGAUGUGUCAAGAAAGUGAUAGAAGCAAGCAGCCCACGUUUCCGUAAUCUGACCAACCCUUUGUACACGCCCAUCGUAGCGUUGAAAUACGCCGAUGAAACAGGAGGCCUGUCUGUCCAUGCCUUCUACCACAUGCUCUUCAACCUGGGUCCACUGAUGCACGUCAGCAUGACCGCCAUGAAGUACCUCACCUGUGGAUGUCUGAGGAGCAGGACCAUUUCACCAAACUAGAAAUGUAUUAUGGGAACAAUAGAACACAGUAAAGACCACAACUUACCGUGGCACGUGUUAUCAGUGUAAAAAACAAUACAUACAUAAAACGUUUAUCUUAUUUGACCUGCCAUAUUUGACUCUGCAUAAAUGUAGUCUGUUUUGUUAUGAAGUCUUGUUCAUUCUCUCUUUUUUGUAUAAGAUUGUAGCUUAUGUACGUAUAGAUGCCACACCUGAGUUCAAUUAGGUUGAAAUACUUCAACAUCUAAAAUGGUUUUAGCCCAGGGGUGUCCAAACUACGGCCCGUGGACCAUUUUGAAUCGGCCCUCAGCAAAUAAAAAAAGUAUAAUGGAAUAUGGCCCACAAAUGAAACUUGUGCUUGUCUUAUAUUAUAAUUCUUAAAUAUAAAUGUUAAAAUAUAUUACAACUUUUAAUUAAACCACUUUUCAAAUAAAUUCAGUCAAUUAAAGUUGGAAACAUUUUCUAACAUAUCUUAGUUGAUAAGAAAAAAGCCCAAUGACUUAUUUACAUAACAAGCUUGAAAUACGCCUACAUUUGAUUAAUUUGCAAAUGUACAACUGAACUUAUGAGGCAAUAUACUUCUAGUGAGCGGCCCAACCCUUCGUAUAUUUUUCUGUAUGUGGCCCUCGGUGAAAACAGUUUGGACACCCCUGUUUAAGCCAAACCGGAGUGCCAAAUUAGUAGAUCAAACAUAACAUACUGUAUAGCCUAGUUUCAUUAUUUUACCUCAACCAGCCCCAAAGGAACUCACAUUGCAGACUGUUUUAAUUGGUUCAAAAAUAAUUGGUCUACACACCUUAUUAAUUGGUAAUUAAUUUGUACUAUAUGUGUUUGCAUGGAUGUAUAUAUAUAUAUAAUUCGAAAUUCUGUGAAUAUUUUUGAGCUACUAUUUUGGCAUAAAAAUAUGCAAGAAAAUGAAUGGACCUACACAUGAUGACAACAUCUACAUUCAUCUUGACAACUUUACCAAUUAUUUAUCAAUGUGAUGUUUAGAUACCACAGAGAAGACUUGUCCCCUUUUUCUAAAUAAAAAGUUGAUAUUUAUACUGCGUCUCCUCUUCCUUAAAGAGUUCAAACGAAAUCCUAAAUGAAGAUAUCUGUAUAAUCUGUAUAAGACUAUU